CUGCAGAGAUGCUGGGGCCGCAAGUCUGGUCCUCUGCGAGGCAGGGGCUGAGCAGGGGCUUGUCCAGGAACGCGAGGGGCUGGGCCUCGGGGCAGGGGAGGAAGGUGGACAUCGCGGGCAUCUACCCCCCCGUGACCACCCCGUUCACCGCCACCGCAGAGGUGGACUAUGGGAAACUAGAGGAGAAUCUGCACAAACUGGGCACCCUCCCCUUCCGAGGUUUCGUGGUCCAGGGCUCCACCGGCGAGUUCCCCUUCCUGACCAGCAGCGAGCGCCUGGAGGUGGUGAGCCGUGCGCGCCAGGCCAUGCCCAAGGACAAGCUCCUCCUUGCGGGCUCCGGCUGCGAGUCCACUCAAGCCACGGUGGAGAUGACGGUCAGCAUGGCCCAGGUCGGGGCUGAUGCCGCCAUGGUGGUGACCCCCUGCUUCUAUAGAGGCCGUAUGAGCAGUGCGGCCCUCAUCCACCACUACACCAAGGUGGCUGACCUCUCUCCAAUCCCUGUGGUGCUGUACAGUGUCCCAGCCAACACGGGGCUGGACCUGCCGGUGGACGCGGUGGUCACGCUCUCCCAGCACCCGAACAUCGUGGGCAUGAAGGACAGCGGUGGGGACGUGACCAGGAUCGGCCUGAUUGUUCACAAAACCAGGAGGCAAGAUUUCCAGGUGCUGGCUGGGUCGGCCGGCUUCCUGCUAGCCAGCUACGCUGUGGGAGCCGUGGGGGGCGUGUGUGGCCUGGCCAACGUCCUGGGAGCCCAGGUGUGCCAACUGGAGCGGCUGUGCCUCACGGGGCAGUGGGAGGAUGCCCAGAACCUGCAGCACCGUCUCAUUGAGCCAAACACCUCGGUGACCCGGCGCUUUGGCAUCCCGGGGCUGAAGAAGGCCAUGGACUGGCUGGGCUACUACGGCGGCCCCUGCCGCGCGCCCCUGGGGGAGCUGAGCCCCAGCGAGGAGGAGGCGCUGCGUGCGGAUUUCACCAGCAAUGGCUGGCUCUGAGGGCCGGGGCCGGGGCCCACGGCUGGCCCGAGCC